CGUAUCUACAUCCGGGUCAGUUAGCAGUCUCACAUGUAGGUUGGUUCAGCUGUAAACUGUGCGGCAGAUACAAAAGCUCCUGAUACAGCUCUGUUUCUUUCAUCGUUUUUUUUAAAACAGAGGAUAUGGCUCUGAUGGGGAUUCAGCUGGUGGUCAGCUUGCUGGCUGCCAGCAUCAUGCAAAGGUUGGCUCCACACUGCUCAUUUGCACGAUGGCUCCUCUGCAACGGCAGUUUGUUCCGUUUCAAACACCCCUCAGAGGGAGAACUGUGUGCGCUAGCAGGAAAACAGAUGCCCAAGCAAAACAGAAGAGACCGGAGACAGAACGGGGAGAACAAACCUAUCACAGUGCCUAAAGACAUUGACCUUCAGCUGGAGAAGGCUCCAGUCAAUGUGAUGGAUGCUCUCGUGCUGCGUUUUUUCUUGGAGUACCAGUGGCUCGUAGAUUUUGCUGUUUAUGCACUGGGUGUCUUCCUGUUCACUGAGGGUUACUACAGUGUAAUAGAUGCCAGUAAAGAGGUUAAUAUCGGAGCCAUCUGGUGCGUCCUAACCGUUCUCUUUGGGCUAAAGGCCCUUCAGACUCUCAUGAGUCACUACUUCCGCUCGGAGGAAGGCGGCGAGCGCUCCGUGUGUCUCGCCUUUGGUUUCCUGUCUCUGCUAGUGGCGAUGCUGGUGCUGGUGGUCAGGGAGGACUACCUGGAGUUUGGACUGGAGUCCGGCUUCUCCAACCUGUUUGACAACCUGGAAACAUUUGCUAAACAGCAGGGCUAUGCCGAUUGGUCAAUCCCAGUGACUAAGCUGAGCGUGAAGCUGGGCUUGGCUGCUGUCUGCGCUUACAUUGGUUCCCUCCUGGCCUUCCCUGGACUCAGGCUGGCCCAGACCCAUCUAGAUGCUGUACAGAUGAACUCUGAUCGCCCGCUCAUCCAGAUUCUGCUUCACCUGAGUUUCUUAUCUCCUGUGGUCGUGUUGGUUCUGUGGGUGAAACCAAUUGCUAGAGACUUUUUGGCCAAUGCACCGAUGGGAAAGACUUCUGUCACUCUUGUGAGCAGUGAAGCAUUUGACAGCGUGCGACUGUGGAUCAUCGUGGCGCUGUGUGUGCUGCGGCUGGGACUGACCCGGUACCACCUGCAGGCCUACCUGAACCUGGCUCAGAAGUGGGUGGAGCAGAUGAGGAAGGAGGCGGGACGUAUUGCUGCCAUUGAUAUCCAGAGGAAGGUCACACGAGUGUUUUGCUACCUAUCUGUGGUUACACUCCAGUAUUUAGUUCCUAUUCUGCUCAUCCUCUUCUCCACUUUGGCGCUGAAGGUGCUUGGGAACUACUCCUGGUGUUUUGAUAACGAGGAAACUCCGGGAGUGACGCCAGCGCUGGUCCUCCCCACAGCAGCGCCUGUAGCGUCCGGUGGUCUGGAUGAGGACGAAGAAGGGAUGGAAGACAUGGAGGAGGACAUCCAGGCCACCGUAGCACAUCUUCUGGAGGCGUUCGCUGCGCUGCGGUCUGUCCUCACUCCUAUAUUUCUGCGUGGUCUCUUUGCCUUUCUCACUUGGUGGGUGGCUGCCUGCCAAGUGAUCAGCUCCCUGUUUGGCAUCUACUUCCAUCAGUACCUGAUGCAGAACUGAAGAACCUGGAGGACAGGAUGCAUGUCUCUGCAAAUCACACCAAGCUCUCCGUGUAAAAGAUGCUGCUGGACUGGAUGCCUGCAGACAGAAAAAGGGGCAAGUGACAAGAAGCCAGAACCACAGACUGACUGUGGUUUUUGGAAAACUUUGCUGUAUCGACCAGCAGGCUUCCAGCAUCAGACGUGCAAAUAUACUGAAGGAACUGGAGCUUUUAUUACAAAGAAAGCUUGUUUAUCAUGCAUUUAUUUUGUAGCGGCAGAUUUAGUAAAGGAAGAAUCAUUUGGGCAUUUGGAGGAAUACUUUCAUGUUUCCUCCCUUUUUAACCCAAUUCAAAGCGGUGGGAAAACAAUCUUAGCUCAUUUAAUGAAAGAGCUAUAAAUUUAUGCACCUCAGAGGUUACUUUACUAAUCAAAUACAGUUUUUACCUUCUUUUCCUAAUAGAUAAAAUGUGGCAACUUCAAGAAGGCCUUUACCCUGAAUAAAAUAACAUAACUAUAUGGUAUGUAGAAUUUAACUUAAUUACAGUGUUCAUAAUAUUUAUUUUUGUUUAUAUGCUAAAA